AUGAAUCAGAAAUUUACUCAAUCAAUGCAAUCUUCUGAGCAAGUAAAUUUUCAAUCUAUUGUGAAUUCUUUAUAUCCUUCAGAAUAUUUAGACUCUACUCUCUCAAGAAAUGAUUUUCACAGUCAAUCUCCGAAACUUUCAGCUUCAAAACGAAGAGCUCGUAAUAAGCCAAUUUUUGAAGAAAUGCCUAUGAAAGAAAACACAGUUGAAAAACUCACCCCGCAUAAUAGACCCGUAAAAAUAUUAAAAACAGAAAGAACGAAUGACAGCAUAUCAACAAUUCAAGAUAACACCGAAAUUUCUAACGAUUUCAACAACCAAACCUUUAAAAAUUCCAUAAGAAUCAUGUAUAAAUACUCGCCAAAAAGCAAAUUGAAAAAAAUAUUUGUAAGAUCGAAUUUAGAAUCCUCAGAGUUAUGAAGAAAAAAAUCAGCUAAGAAAUAUAUGAAGAAACUCAAGAAAUAAGAGAAAUAUUUCUCUAUGCUUAAGGCCAAGAGCUGCAGAUUCAUGAUGUCAAGCAGGAGAAGCUGAACUGAUUAUGAACGAAAUCAGAUACAUAAAUAAACCAGAAGUAUGGAAUAAAGUAAUCACAGAGUUCAAGACAAAGCCGAAAAUGCUGCUGGAUUUAAUUCCAUUAAAAACUGAACAUAAUAAAACACCAAAAUCCGAAAAAAUAGGAUCAUUUUCUGCGAAAAAUUCAAAGACACCAAGAAUCAGAAAAUUUAGCAAUUGUUCGAAGCAAAGCUAUAAGCCCAAAGACGAACACAAAAAAAAGCUUCCUCCCCUCCUUGAGCGAGCAAAGCCAUUGAAAAAUUCCUAUUUUUUGGGCAAAAGCCCAACCUCCACGAGUGAACAAAAAAUAUUCUGAUCAUUAUAAUUUAAAAAAAAAAUUCUCAGUGAGCGAACAAAUUUUUUGAUUUACUCGAGGUGAGUUAGAAAAUUCCAAGAAAAAUUUACAGGGAAUACUAGGAGAUCUCAAAGUGCUUCUCCAGAAGUUUUAGCUAUUACAGAAUCAUCACCCUUAGAAGUUGAAAGCUUUUUAGAUAACACCGAUAUUAAGCUGACUGAUGAUUGAAAGAAAUCUUUAUUAAAUUUUCAAUUAAGCAACAACACAGUACCUAACGAUGAAAGGAUGUCUGAAGAUGAAAUUAAACUUAUAUUAAACAACAUUCCUGGAGACCUCGAUGAAUGUGCAUUACUACAUUUUAAAGGGCUUAGGACUCUAGAAUUACUUUUAAUCGAGCUUUUAGGCACUAAAAAGGAUGUAGAGCAAUUUCAAGCUAUGUUUAAUCCACCCAAUUGUAUUACAGCUAGAAAGCUUUUAAUAAAAUUGCUAGAGUUAUAUGAUGCGAGAAAUCUAACAGCCACGCUAUUAAAAGAAGUACAUUAUCGAGAAAAUCUUAUUAAAAAUAUAAGUGAAAGUACUGAUAUAAACGAAAGAAAACGUAAAAUUUUAAGAAUAUAUAAAAUAAAUCAAAAAACAAGAGAAAAAAUCAAAGAAUGAGAAACAGAUAAGUCAGUUCCUUUUGAUUCUUUUGUAUAUGGAGGUAAGGAAUAUAAUUCAAAAAUGGCUGAAGAUAUAGUAUAUUUGCAAUCCUUAUUUACGGAAUAA